CACCUUCGAAGUAAAAAGAGCACGAACUCGUCCGAUGGACAGUUUGAGCUGAAGGUGCACUGCACUCUUCAACAAGUUCGUGCAAGAGGCAUAGACUGCACCUCUGCGGUUCUGCAUGAUGCAACACCGCUAUCUGCCCUUCAGCGCGUCGCAUUGGAUCGGAGUGGCUCUCAUCAUUGCGACUUUCUCGCACGUUGUCCGCACUCGACCAAUGAACAUCUCGCAGCUUAGCCUCCUGGACGCUCGUCAGUCAGGAGGAUCAAAAGGGGCAGAGGGCAACGCUUCUUCCGAGAACGCUUCACAUUUGAAGCCGAAGACUAUCGCUUCGGUGAAGCCGCGCAUCAGCUUCGAUCAUCAUUUUGAAGUCAAUUUUGCACAAGCACGCGAAGCUACGAGGCGAACUGCCCUCGAGACCAUCAAGCGCGAGAUGGCGGCAAAACUUGCUCAUCAUCCUCAGGUAGGCCACUUUCAUGUGACCAGCAUGAGAGACCACAAGGUUGGCAACGCGAUAAACGGCUUCAAGUUCUCUGGCACAGCUCACGACGCUAGAGGAGUCCCUCUCGCCGCACCGACCGAGUUACACCUUCGCCCGGACAUGCUUGUUGCCGCAAAUUGGAUACGCGCCACAUCCGGCGCUUUGCACUAAAUGAAAACGAUCGAAGGCAUGGUCUGAGAAGCUCAAUGGGCCAGACUUUCCCUUGCGAAAUGAAUCUCAAAGCUGAAGUGUCCUAGAACAAGUGC